CAUCACCCUGCAACCAGAGCUAUCUCCCAAUACAAAGAGCAAUGCAACCUAAAGCUCCCUCAAGGCGGCAUGCAUGUGUACGAUGCAUUCAGUUGAAAGUGAAAUGUGUUCCGGUUGAGAAUGGACGGUGUCAACGAUGUGCGAGACUCGACCGACACUGUGCUUUUCCAGACGGCUCGCGUAGGAAUACAAGCAUCAGAAAUAGCCGCGUCGAUGUCAUCCAGCAUCAGAUCGAUACACUUGCUGCUCAAUUAUAUACUGAUAAGGGCCCGAGGGUGGAGCUGUCACCUAAAACAGAAAUGCCAUCCCCCUCUACCAUCAGUGAUACUUCGUUACAGCCAAGCCCUGUACCUGAACCGUUCGACGAUUUUAUUACCCGGGGACUUCUAAAUAUCACUGAAGGUGAAGAACUUCUCUUGAAGUUCCGCACUGACUUGAUGCCCCUGUUUCCAUUCGUUAUUAUACCUGAAGUGAGCUUUGUUGAAUUGCGCAAGCAGUCUCCAUUCCUCCUCUUGUGUAUAAUAACAGCUUGCCUCGAGCACAAGCCCACUCUACAGCAGAAAUUGGAAUUUGAAGCUCGAACUGUCGUCUCUACCCGCAUAGUAAUGAAUAUGGAGAGAGACAUGGAUUUACUUCGGGGGUUACUGGUUCAUAUCGCAUGGUAUCACUAUCAUUGGCGCAUCUAUCAUACCCAGGUGUACAUGCUUCUUCAGAUGGCUAUGGCCAUCGUUGUUGAUUUGGGACUUGACAGAUACAACAACUUCAAAAUGCAGUGUAUCUCUUAUAAUGGAAAAGGGACGGAGGAGUUACACAAAGGACAAGUACUCUAUCUGACUCCUGAUGGGCAGCGUGCCUUCUUAGGGUGCUAUUAUCUAUGUUCCAAAGCCUCGAUAUUCCGGCGACAGCUGACCAUGAAACAUACAGACUGGGUCGAGUAUUGUGCUGAUAGCUUAGGGCAAAGGGCGGAGUAUCCCACUGACCAGUCUCUAAAAGCACUAAUUAAGAUCCAGUCGCUUGCUCAGCAAUCGGAGCUAGAGGUCGAAGACCCUAUCCGUGCAAUGAGCAAGGACGAGCUGUUCCAGUCUAUGGACGUGCUUGAGAAUCAAAUCGAGUAUCUUCUUGUACAGGAAACACAGUGUAAUACCUGGUCCCUGCGCUUGGAGCUCAACGCAAUUCCUGCCAUUGUUCUCGGGCAUGCUCUUCGGCGACAAAGAGAUGUCCAUCGCCAGUAUGAGAAACAGCAACUGCUCACCAUUGCGCGUUCCGCGUUCAACAUUGUGACGGUAUUCCUUGCAUCGCCGGCUUCGGUCACACCUAAUCUCCCUAUGUUCAGUUACACAUCCAUCUGGUACGGCCUUCUUGUUUUAUCGAAGCUAAGCUUGCUUUCGGAUGCCGCGACAAAAGGCAAGGCAGUCGAAGUCUAUAACAAAGAUAUCCACAACCUCGGCCUUGCUGCUAUGCAGAAAAUGGAGGCAAUGUCACGAAGAAACGAUGUUUGGGAUAAUUGCCGUGCAGUGAUUGGAUCCAUGCUCUCAUGGUUAGAGAGCAGUCGGACACAGCCCCAAUCAAUACAAGUUCGAGGAGAUACAUCAAACACCCAGGACGCUGAGGACGCUCAUAUGUUACCACAAUCAAUACCCGAAGAUCCCCCUCGAGCCACAGAGUCUGCAGCGGUAGUUGAAGAUUGGGAUGCUGCCGUAUGGCAACAGAUGUUGCAAGAUUUGACCUGGAUAGGACUACCGGUGGAGCAGCAGUUCACUGUAGAUCUAGCCUACAUGCAUUGAAAGCAAUAUGACUUUCAUACCCCCGUUCACCGGAUUACGCAGGCUGAAUUAUGUUUGGUUUAAUCUUAUUGAACUAUGGUAAACAUUAACUAGGUUCGCAAUCUAUCACCGCGCCUGCGAAACGGAACCUUUCCGGUCUCACUUCCCCAUCGCUGACCGGUGUACAUUCAGUAGCCUGCAUCGAUGCGAUAACGCCAUCAAUUCUCUUUUCCUGGGACACUGGCUUGACAUGUGAACAUUGCGCCAGGUGAUACAACUUCAAAGCUCUGCGCUGCUAUAAUUCUUGGAUGAAACGAAACUUCAGUUUACCGUGCUGCUCCGUCAACACUGAACUUAUAUGUCGAAAAUGUAGUAUAAAGGCCGUCCAUUCCCCAGACUGUCUUUGACUCUCGUUGCCACUGGGGAUUAUUGAUUCCAUCAGUCCAGUCCUGCAUUUCCAGUGAGAUCGCUCCAUACUCCGGCACUAUACCAGUACCUUGCUUUCGUUUCAGUGGUACUUGAUCUGUGUGACAAUAGAAAUAUAUCAGUUACUACUACUAAGCUCAAGGAGAUUUAUAGGGGAGCAAUAGAG